UUAAUCGGCAGAAAUGGAAGUAAUACAUGUUAUAUAAAAAAAAAACAGAAUAGUUGGGUUUUUCUUUUCCUUUCAAAUCUACGUAUAUGAUAUUGAUAUAAAAAAUGUGAUGAAUUUUCAGUUCGGUAAAAAAGUAGCGACAAAAAAAAGAUCGCAUAUGUACGCGCGCGCGCGCGUGUUGGUGUGUAUACGCAUGCACACACACACCGUCGCAUACAUGACAUACCACAAAGGAAGAAUUUUGGAGGCUUGCUUGCGUAAUAUAUUGUGAAAUUCGAUUUAAGCGCAUUAGUGGUAGUAGCGGUAGUAUCCCAGCUAGAAUGCCGAGGAUAUGUGCGUUAUGAUUGGCUUAUUGAUGUCUGAUGACUCUGCGAAUACAUGAUUAUUAUGUGCUGUGUUAGUUGGACAUUCGUCAGACAUAGGUAUAUAUGGCCACUUGUUGCUGCUUAUUAUCCUUCCGAAGAAUAUUUUCGUUAAUUAAUUUUUGAAAAGAAAUGACGCAACCAUAUAUCAACAUUUAAUUGAGAGAUAACGUAUGAGAUAUAUAUUUAAAUGAGAGAGUGAACAUUUUUCAUGAGAGGCUUUCAUUGCAAGGGAUUUCAUUUGGAAAAUUUCAGCACUGCAGAUAUCGCAUUAAUCGGCUUAGCCGUUAUGGGACAAAAUCUUAUAUUGAAUAUGAAUGAUCAUGGCUUUGUCGUUUGUGCCUACAAUCGUACAACGGAUAAGGUAAAGGCAUUUCUUGAAAAUGAAGCUAAGGGCACAAAAAUCAUUGGUGCAUUUAGUUUGCAAGAAAUGGUUAGUAAACUAAAGUCUCCAAGAAGAGUAAUGUUAUUAGUUAAAGCUGGCUCCGCCGUAGAUGCAUUUAUCGAACAGCUUGUGCCUUUGUUAUCUCCCGGAGAUAUUAUCAUUGACGGUGGUAAUUCCGAAUAUCAAGAUACUGAAAGAAGAACGAUAUAUUUAGAGAAAAAGGGAAUACAUUUUGUUGGAAGUGGAGUAAGCGGAGGAGAAGAUGGAGCACGAUAUGGGCCCUCCUUAAUGCCCGGUGGUAAUCCUAAAGCUUGGCCGCAUAUCAAGGAAAUCUUUCAAGCGAUAUGCGCUAAGGCUGACGGGGAGCCCUGUUGCGAUUGGGUAGGUGAAACCGGUGCAGGACACUUUGUAAAAAUGGUACACAAUGGUAUCGAAUAUGGUGACAUGCAACUUAUUUGCGAAGCCUAUCAUAUCAUGAGAGAUGGUUUGCAAUUGGAUCAAAAAGAAAUGAGCGAGGUUUUUAACGAAUGGAACAAAGGGGAAUUGGAUUCAUUUCUUAUUGAAAUAACCAGAGAUAUUCUUAAAUACAAGGACGAGAAGGGCUAUCUGUUGGAACGUAUAAGGGAUACGGCGGGACAAAAAGGAACGGGUAAAUGGACGGCCAUAGCGGCAUUGGACUACGGUAUACCUGUGACAUUAAUCGGAGAGUCAGUUUUUGCAAGAUGCCUUUCCUCCCUGAAAAAUGAAAGAUUAGAAGCUAACAAAGUGUUGAAAGGACCGGAUGAUACCCUGUACGAAGGCGACAAAAAACAGUUCCUGGAACAUUUACGAAAAGCUUUAUACGCGUCGAAAAUAAUAUCUUAUGCUCAAGGCUUCAUGUUACUGAGAGAUGCUGCACGGGUUCACAAGUGGAAUUUGAAUUACGGCGGUAUAGCGCUCAUGUGGAGGGGUGGAUGUAUUAUAAGAAGUGCAUUUUUGGGAAAUAUAAAAUUGGCAUUUGAUAAAAAUCCGAAACUUAGCAAUUUACUGUUGGACGACUUUUUUGCCAAAGCAAUGAAGGAAUGCCAGAAGAGCAUUAGAUUCGUCGUUUCUAAUGCUGUGACCCUUGGAAUACCAAGUCCCGCAUUAUCAACGGCAUUGGCAUUUUACGACGGCUUUAGAACUGCUCGGCUACCAGCGAAUUUACUUCAAGCUCAAAGAGAUUAUUUUGGAGCACAUACGUACGAAUUAAUCGGCGAAGAAGGUCAAUUUGUACACACAAAUUGGACCGGUCAUGGAGGUAACGUGUCCGCUUCGACGUACGAUGCUUGAGUGUUGUCUCGAAGAGAAAAAUUAAUAAAAAGAAAACGAUAAGGAAGCAAGUGUUGUGCAAAUUGACGUUAUGUAAUAAAGCGUCGUAGGUUUUCGUCGACAGUAAUAAUUGAGGAAAACUUUUGUUUUAGGCCGAUCAUCAAAAAAAGUGUUUCUUUUUAAUAAAUAUUUAAUAUUGAAAUUUUA